AGCGUCCACGGUCGUCAGGGCGACCAGGAUGUCCCACGCGAGAAUGUAAAGCUUCAUUCAAUUGCUCCCUCAACGCCUUAAUUUUUUUUUUUUUUUUUUUUUUACUGAAUACUGUGGACUAGUGUGGAGUGUGAACGGACGCGCGCUCCCGACCACGUUCACGCAGUGUGAGUGCGCACAGCGAAGGCGUGGAGUUUGGGAUUUUGAGGAGGGGGGCAACGGAAAGAGAAGAACAGGAAAGGAAAGGGCCUCACAUACACACGUCACUGAAAAUGGGAAACGGCAACGAAACGAUCCUGGGCGAUGUUGAAUUUCCACUGAUAUUUAGUCACCCGUGUUCCCGCGUGUGUCUCUGAGGCUCUCGCACUCCGCGACGCCACUUCCUCUCUGGAGUCGUCGCCGAGUGGUCUCUGCCAGCCUCGCUGCCUCACGGGGCUGUCACUGAGACUCCACAUUUCCUUUCGGACAAACUGCAUUUAGAAAGCUGCAUCUGCACACUGGUAGCCCGUCAGUAGGACAGAAGAAAGGACACUUUCGAAUCGAACCGGAGAGGCUGCAACAUUGUAUUCUCAGCCCGCUCUGCUGCUCCCCUUAGCCGGGUUGCGUGUGUGCCCGCACGCCUAGGCGUGGAGCUCCGCAGAUAGCUGCAGCAUAGCGCGCUCUACCCUCGGCGUCAGGGGGGUUGCGUUAGCCUCAAUUGGGCUUUUAUUCCACCAACUGGUCGCCUACCUAAUGGAAGCCUUAACCCGAUAGUGCCCCCUCCUUUCCUCUAACCCGCGGGUUAGAGGAAAUAGCCGGAUUUGCCACUCAGGCGCUGUCCUCGUCAAGGGGGGGUGCCGGCCGGAUCACCUCCUCACUCCCCGGCAAGACCCCCAUCUAUCCGGCAAGAUCCCCCCCUCUCCCCGACGCCUGGUGCCGCGCCUCACCUGUGUGUGGCUCAGGCAACGAGACCCCAGCCACCGAGCCGCCCGAACAUGGCAGGGAACCUGAAGAAAGGCGGGGGGAUCAUCGGAAUGAUGAAGGACGCUUUUCAGCCACACCAUCACCACCUCCAUUCCCACCAUCAGCCCGGAGCUGUGGACAAAAAGACCGUGGAGAAGUGCUGGAAACUGAUGGAUAAGGUAGUGCGUCUGUGCCAAAAUCCCAAAUUGGCCCUGAAGAAUAGCCCCCCUUACAUCCUGGAUUUGUUGCCAGACACGUAUCAGCACCUGCGCACAAUUUUGUCUCGCUAUGAAGGCAAAAUGGAAACCCUUGGGGAGAACGAGUACUUUCGUGUCUUUAUGGAGAACCUGACUAAGAAGACCAAGCAGACCAUCAGUUUGUUCAAGGAAGGCAAAGAGCGCAUGUAUGAAGAGAACUCUCAACCUAGGAGGAACCUCACUAAGCUAUCACUGAUCUUCAGCCACAUGCUGGCCGAGCUGAAGGCCAUCUUCCCCAAUGGUCUGUUUCAGGGCGACAACUUCCGCAUAACCAAGGCUGAUGCUGCAGAGUUCUGGAGGCGUGCCUUCGGGGACAAGACUAUUGUGCCAUGGAAGGUGUUCCGUCAGUCUCUCCACGAAUUCCAUCCAAUCAGCUCCGGCCUGGAGGCUAUGGCCCUCAAGUCCACCAUCGACCUCACUUGUAAUGACUACAUCUCUGUAUUUGAGUUCGACAUCUUCACCAGACUUUUCCAGCCUUGGUCAUCACUAUUACGGAACUGGAACAGCUUGGCAGUCACCCACCCAGGUUAUAUGGCCUUCCUCACUUAUGACGAGGUCAAAGCACGACUGCAGAAGUUCAUUCACAAACCUGGCAGUUAUAUCUUCCGACUGAGCUGCACCCGUCUGGGCCAGUGGGCAAUCGGCUACGUGACGGCGGAUGGAAACAUUCUCCAGACCAUUCCUCAUAAUAAACCCCUCUUCCAGGCCCUCAUAGAUGGCUUCAGGGAAGGAUUCUAUUUAUUCCCCGAUGGCCGGCCCCAAAACCCAGACUUGACUGGACUGUGUGAGCCUUCACCUCAGGACCACAUUAAAGUCACACAGGAGCAAUAUGAGCUGUACUGUGAGAUGGGCUCCACUUUUCAACUGUGCAAAAUCUGCGCUGAGAACGACAAGGAUGUGAAGAUUGAGCCUUGUGGUCAUCUCAUGUGCACUUCCUGUCUCACUGCGUGGCAGGAAUCUGAGGGUCAAGGCACGGGCUGCCCUUUCUGUCGCUGUGAAAUUAAAGGUACCGAGCAUAUAGUGGUGGAUCCUUUUGACCCCAAGGACAACAGUGGAGGGUCUUGCCGGGGCUUGUUCGGGGCUGAGGGUGCUCCUUCGCCUAGCUAUGAUGACGACGACGAUGACAGACUUGAAGACCCCCACCUAAUGAUGAGCAAACUCGCUUGUACAAAGGUGGAACGCCCCCCAUCACCCUUGUCCAUGACUCCUCAAUCUGCCCUUCCACCUGUGCCACCCAGACUGGACCUGCUUCCCCACAGAACCCCUAACCCACCUGGUGCCUCCAGUCCUGGGGUCACUACUAAGGUAGCAUCCCACCACAAAGAUAAGCCCCUUCCUCUCCCCCCUGCACUUAGGGAUCUCCCCCCUCCACCUCCUCCAGACCGCCCCCACACGUCCGUUUCGAGCUCUGAGGUACGAUUGCAGAGACGACCCUUGCCUUGCACGCCAGGCGAGGCCCCCAGAGAUAAACCGCCCCCAGCACUACCAAACCGUCCGCCCACUGACUGGAACUCACGGCCUGUCCCCAAGGCCCCGACAGCCUCGUCUUCAUCCUCCUCAUCUUCCACGUCCAUUCAAGUCUCUGGCGUGGGUGUGGACCUUCGAGCAGGUGUCAGGGAGCUCUCCAACCGACACUCCCUCCCUUUGGCGUUGCCCUCUGCUCUGGACACGCGUACAGACCCGCAGAGGAACAAUAACUCUCUCAGUUUGGACCAUCAGCUGAACUUUGCCACAGUGGUUGGAAAAGAUUAUGACCACCCCAAAGUCAAACCAUCAUCGUCCGCCAAUGCAAUUUAUGCACUGGCAAACAGACCGUCUUCAGCUCUGAGGUCAGUGACAGGAGAGGAGGCCCGCGACAGCGAGGAGGAGUCAGAGUACAUGAUCCCCUCCUCUCGCCCUGUCCUGCCCCCGAUCCCCACCCAAUCUAUGGGAGAAAGCCCGCCGGUCUCGAGGCCCCCACCAUCUCAGUCUCUAUUUGCUCUUCAGGCGCAAGCUCAAACCAUUACGUUCAACCCACGGUCGACAGUGGUAGAGCUGGAGAACGGCCCUCCAAUGUAUGAGGCCAUGUACAACACCCAUGCCAGGUCACAACAAGCCAAGGAUUCAGAUUAUUCAGAGCUACCUCCUCUGCCCGUAAGUAAUGGCCCCAGGGAACACGCAGCAGAGGAUAGGGAAGACGAGGACAAGGGCUUUGACUUCCCUAAACCACGACUGCCAAUGCCUCCCGUCCGUCGGACCUUCUCGGAGCUUGGAGGGUCAUCCUCAUCCACCUCUUCGUCCUCGUCAAGCACGUCAUCCAUGGCAGCUUGUCCUUCAGAGCCCAUAGAAGCUCCAGAGAGACCUCCUAAGCCGCUUCCUAGACGCAUCAACUCAGAACGCCGAGCUAGCCCUGUACCACCAGUUCCCGGCCCUCCUAGUUGCGGGGAGACGGGAGGAGACAUCAACCCUCAGAUAAGCAGCGAGAUUGAGCAUCUCAUGAGUCAGGGCUACUCAUACCAGGACAUCCAGAAAGCACUGAUGAUUGCACAGAACAAUAUUGAGAUGGCUAAGAACAUCCUACGAGAGUUUGUCUCCAUUCCCUCCGCUGCGCACAUUCUCACAUAGCGCACUUUGCCAUCUCACCCUAGCUCGGCUUGAUAUUUUUUGUUCAAGGUCAGCACGGCUCCUCGCCUGCAGCGAGACCCUCUCCGGUGCUCAGGGAUGCCCGCGUCCCUCUCCGGCCCAUUUUUGAACUAGCCAGCGCUGACGGAAUCUCUUUCAGCAGCCUUCUCAAACUGCGACAGAAGCAUCUCGCCCAAUUCGGCACCCGUGACAGUGGAAAAUGGGACGCGCUCCGGAAGCCUCUCGCUGAAAAUGUAACCAAGACCUCACAAAUAAAAUGUAUGUCUAUAUGAAAGUUUAAUAUAUGCUUAAAUGUAUAUUAAAUUUGUGUAAUAUAUACAAGUCAGUAUGUGAAAUGAUGUGCGCUUCAAGGGUCGCUGUUGGUACAAGCACCACUCGAGUGCAUGUUUUUGAAACCCGAUUGACAUGACAACGACUCAGAUGCCACCGUUGUGUGUGGGGGUGUGUGUGAAUUUGGGUUUAAAGCAGUAAGUCCAAAAUGUUCAUCCCUUUGCCAAAUUUAGAUUAAAAUCCUGAAAUGGAAAUCACAAAAGAAAGUUACAAAUGUGCUUUUUUUUACCCCCCCCGACAAAUAAUUUAAAUGGAAAAUCUUUAGCCAGCUGUCUUAAAUGAAAAACAUUUGUUUUUUUUUUUAGAUCCCUUACACAGUUUACCCACAAACUCACAUAAAACAAAAUGAUUUGAUAUUGUUACAUUUUUUAUGAUAGAAAAAAAAGAUGGCUCUUAAGUGAUUUGUGAACUUUCAUCUUCAAGUACCAGUAUAAUUGCAAAAAUUAGUGUAGUGAAAAAAAAAUAUGGAUUUUCUUAAAUAUAUGUAAGUCACUGUUCGGUUGUGCAUUUUCUAACAGCUAAAUUAUGUGUCAAACUAAAUAUUACAACAACAAAAAAUGACAAAAAUUUAAGACCCUAAAAAAAAAAUUUGACAGCGGAACACAUCAAACCUGACGGUUAAACACAUGAGAUUUUACAUAAAUGAUAAUAUAGCUGCAAUAUAUUAUAUCAGGAUCUUUUUGGGGGGCAUGUUUUGCUGUAUGUCUUAACAGAGCCCUUUUGAAGUCCUUUGCCAGUGUCUUGUCAUUUCCAGCAAAAAAUUAGCUUUAAUAUUGGAUUUUUAGGAUCAGAGCUUCACUGUUUUUUUUUUUUUUUUUUUUUUUUUUUUUUUUUUUUAAUGCCACAGGGCUCAAAGACGUCCAAUCAAUUUUAACUGGAAGGGCCACCAGUGAAUGAAUGAGCACUGCCAGCCACCCCAGUCAAAAUCAAUGGAUCAUCUAGCGCCAUCACUGGCAGCUAACAUGGAUUUAGUUUUCUCCCCUCUCAGCCACCCAAAUACAGUACCAGCUGAUAUGGGUUGCAUUUAAGGACUGUCAUGUGUGUGCGUUUGACUGAAAUGAAUGUGAACGUUAUAACAUUGAGCAGUGCCAGACUGGCUCAUGCUCUGCAAUUCGAGGCGGCUGAUUUUUUUUUUUUUUUUUGGUCAGACAUAGUCUGACUGGUUCAGGUUUCAUUUACAAUUACAAAAAAUAUUGUCAUCGAUUUCCUUUUAGUAAUAUUGUAAUAAGAUCCUAAAUGUUGUAAUUCAGAAGUGAUUCACUGCUGCUACUAUUAUUAUAAUGUUCAACAGUUAAGCCUUAAGUGUACAUUUGUGAAUAUUGAUUAACAUGGUCGUCCUUUAAAGUGACAGUAUCGUGUUCCUGUGGUCGCUAAUGUAGCAUACUUGAACGUAAAAGCAGCUUGAGAGCUGUCAACUCUGCAGUGUUUAAACUUUUUUUGUAUAUAUACAGUAAAUAUGUUUUGUUUGGGGUUUUUUUUCCCAUCAGGUUGCCAUAGCAACAGCAAAGAGAUGCCCAGCCCCCCGAGUUAAACCCAAUAGAAAGGGAAUCGAUGAGGAUUUCAAAGUAGGCUCCUUGUUAGCCAAUUCUCGGAAAUUACUCAGGAAUAAUGUUUUAAGACGCGGUAUGUCGGAAUUAAUGAAGUCACUUGUAGCCUUUUUACAUGUUUCUUUCAGUCCUAACUUGCACAGUAUUUCCAAGGUAAGCAGACCUCUAUUGACAGAAGUUUUCAGGUACUCUGAAAUGAUACACACAAAGGAGCUUCGCGGUACAUAGAUUCAACACUCAUACUGAAGAAUGCGUGUGAAGCUUGUACAAUAGCGGAGAAGCUUAUUCUGCUUUUAAACUGUCUGGCCAAUCCUCAUUUCUGCUUUUGUGUUCCUAGUUGCCUUGACAAACUUCUUGAAUGCUGAGAAUUGGAGCCCUCGUUGCUGUAACGGUAGUUCCGGGGCAGCGUGUCAUUUUUGUGUUUCUGACUUACUCGCACAUUAUACCAAAUCGUGCUUUGAUACUGUCACUCUAAAGGAGCGUGUAAAAAUGCUGUUUUCUCAUAUUUUACAUUCCCGUUUUAUGUUGGCCCACCACUUCCCCCAAAGGUUCUGUUCACUUGUAAUAUUUCUCAAAAGCAGUGCCAUUUAUUUUGAGCUCAUGUUUUGAUUGAGGCCUUGUAUGUGUGUCGGUGUCUCUGUAGGCGUGAUUGUGCAGUGUUGCUUCUUCUGUGUCCGGGUGUCAUUCAGGAGCACCUGCCGUUUACUUUUCAUAAAGGACAAAAGCACAUGACCCUGGAUGGCUGCUUCAAGAAGGCCAUAAAUGCUUUAUUGGAGGGAAGCUACACGAGGGAGCUGUGGUUCCACUUACGCGUGUCUCUAGUCAGUACAUUGAUAAAGAAAAAGGCAUUCAUUAACUAUUAUUUUAAAGCUCAUAUCAAUUUGGAAGAAUGCUCAGUGCUGUUAAUAAAAUUGGAAGCAGGAGACACUUUUUGAUUCUUGUCUUGAUUUACUCAAUAGUUUUCUUCAUUCAAGGCUUUGUUUCAUUUUAGUCUUUGAUGUGGACAAAAAUUAUUGGAACACAUUAAUUCCAUCGGUCUGUCUUCCUAAGUGUUUGCUUUCAGGGUCAAUGGUGAGUUGGAGUCUAUCCCACUUGACGAGUUACACCAUGGAUUGUUUGCCAGCCUACCACAGGUCGUAUAGACAACAUUUCAAUAUCCAAAUAGCGUGUUUCGUAUUCUGUUAUUUUGUUUUUGUCCUGGCAGAUGUUGAAGAAAAAAAUAAUCACUUCGAGCUUUAUAACAACAUGGUUCCACUGUGGGUUUAUUUAUUUAAAACAGGGAUCCACAAACUACGGCCUGCCCCCACAUUUGGUCCGGCCCCCUGAACAAAUGGUGUUAUUUAUUUCCUGGCUUUUUUUUCUGUCAAGAACCCAGAGAGGGUUAUUUGGUUGUUAUCUAUUUAAUUAAGUGUUAUUAUUUAUUUUAUAUUGUAUUAUUAUUUUUAUUUUAUUUACUUUUGUUCUGUGAAGAAUCGAAACAGGUUAUUUGAUUGUGGCUUUCUGAAAAACAAUACAUUUUUACAUUUAGGCAGUCCUGCAACAGUCACACCUUUUCUGUUACAAACUGACCCCGGCCCCUCAUCAGAGAAGGGGAAAAUUAUGUGGCCCUCACAAAAAAAAUGUUUGGGGACCCCUGAUUUAAAAAAAAAAAAAAAACAUUCACGUAGAAGUUUACCAAAAGGACAAAGCCACAGACCUACAGCUACAAACUAACAAGUAAAUGCAUUUAUUGUGAUAAAAUUGAACGAUAUGUUUUGUCACACUGAAUUGCAGUACUACUUUUUUGCCACUCUUACUGCCUGCCCUAUCCUGGCUUGUCUUACAAUAAAGAAAUCAAAAGUGUACUCACCCCUGUUCAACUAAUGUAUUAAAAAAUACAUAUUGGACCUCAAAGUGAGAUUGUAGUCCAGUUAUACACUGAUGCAAGUCUAUGACGAAUGAAAACCAAAAAUUGUUUAAUUAUUACUAUCAUUUCUAAUACAUUUGUUUUCAAAAACUUCUAUUCAUUCGUACAAUUUACAAAUCAGAAUAAUAGUGGGACAAAUUCAUGAUUGAUCUUGGUCUGAAUAUUGUUAUUAUGGGGGAAAACAUGGAAUUUGAACAUGUAUGUAGACUAUAUCCACUGUAAUUUCUGCUCACUGAAUAAAAAUUGUGUUAUUGGUGCUUUGGUAUAUUCACAUAAUAUGACUAAUUAACAACAAUGAACACUCCCAAGUUCUUAAUUUAUUCAGUAUGGUUCUUUUUCUUUAAUUAAAAAAAUGUUUUUGAAAGGCAUCACGUAACAAUUUGUUUUCUUGGAUUCAAUGGGUAAAAGUAAUCAACUAAUUAAAAAACCGCAAAUGGUGACAGAAGUUCACAAAAUAGCUUGACUCGAUCAACAGGGCAGCACAAGUAUUAGUAGGACAAAGUGGUAUCAUGAUUUAAAUCACAGGACAUCUAUGAUGACUUAAAAUACCACAAGGCAUGAAUCAUUUUUCAAACAUUAAAUCAUACCAGUGAUGUGAUAUUUUAACAAAUGCAAUAAUUCCACUCCUUCAACACAUAUAUUUGACAAAUAUAAUUGAGCCCUUUGUCUUUAUACAUGUAGAUCAGGGGUAUCAAAGUCAUUUUGGUUCGCGAGCUACAUUCAAGCAAAUCAUAUCUCAUGUGGGCUGGCCCAGUUUAUUUUUCACCUAGUAAAUUAAUUCACUGGCUGCCAUUGACACCGCUAGACAUCCAAUCCACUUUGACUAGGAAGCGGCGAACCAUCAGUGGCACUGAAAGAUGGGCAUUGAAAGCUAGUUCUCCUAGUUUAAGCCAACUGGAUGUCUAGCGUUUUCAGUGUAAGCCAAACAGUUAAUUUUGUGUCACUUCCUUGAAAAAUUUAGGGUGCUUAUGGGUGACUUCCUGUACAUUUUGGAACAUUUCCUGUUGGUCUUAGGGCAUUUCCGGGCUCCUGCUUGUUUAUUUGCAUUGCAUGUUAAUUUUCAGGUUACUUCAUAGGUCACUUGCUGUUUGUUUCGAGACAUUUUUGGGUCACUUCUUUGUUUAUUCAUUGGUUGCUAUUGGCGGCGCUAGACAUCAAUUCCGAUUUAACAGUGAAGGGGCAAAUGAACGAAUGUAACUGCAUACACAAAAGUGAGCCGAGUGCAGUGGUGCACAAACCCUGAUGUUAAAAUGAAAGCAUGUUAUUCUGUAUAUCCAGUAAGAAUAAGCUACAACGUUCAUUAAGGCAGAACAACCUCACAGACCAAAUUGGUCCCCCUGGUGGGCUACUUCUGGCCAGCGGGCCGCAUGUUUGACACCUCUGAGCUGCUCUUAGAAGUUGAGCAACUCCAGUUGAAAACUGGCGUAAAAACAAUCUCAGGACUAACUCCUGGAUGAUUUUUUUUUUCAAUAGUCAAUCCAGAAAAUGCACUCAAAUGCCCAUCCCAUGUCAAUUUAAGCAGUGGUGCUUUCUGGCAUGUGUUUCAUGUGCAGGCACCACUGAACACAAGGCUCCAUUUGUGGCUAAUUCUACAUAAAUAUUCACUCAACACAUGAAUACAAAUUUUCAACACAAGCCCCGCUGUCCCUCAAAAAUAGGACGAGUUAAUGCAGUCACCGUCACGUCACAAAAAAAAUUCACAUUACAGAAACGCAAGCUAACUGCAUAAAGACCACAAAGAAAUCAGUGCACUGAACAGAAAACAUCUACACGCUUCAUAUUUUAACCCAAGUGAUUUUGCACGUGCUGUAUACUAUUCAAAGCUUUGGAUGUAAUCUCUUUGGCGUAAUAGUUUACUAUUUGUAAAGCUUGAAAACACACAUGCAUUGGUUAAACUGCGAAGGAACGGGAACUGACUAAAGAUGUGAAAUCAAUAAUUUAUAAUAGUUUUGCAAAAAUAUAUCCUUUACAGUUAAUGAGUGAAGGUGCUAGCGUUAGCGACAGAGAAGUGGGGUAGGAAGAUUGUUUCUAGCAAAUUAAUCACAAUUUGAUUUAAGCAAAAAUACAUUUGAAAUAUCUCUAAGGAAAAUCGUGACAUAUACACAAAGAUUUUCAGUGUACGGACUUUUGCUGAACGGCUGUCUCUGCUCCUCGUAAAUCAAGUGUCAGUACACUUUAAAUAAGGAAAUAUAUAUACACGCAUUACGUACUGUAGUAUGUACACUGGAGAAAGAGCUUGUUCAAGUGGCUCCAUAGUGAUUGUUCGGGGAGAUACAAAAAUAGUCCCUGCGAUAUACAAAAUGGACAGCCUCAGUCAAACAUUGUUGGCCUCCAACAUAGACGUGCAGGGAUGUAAUCAAGCACAGUGUGAUCAAUUUGGGGUCUUGGACAGCUUUUGAUUGAUAGGAAAAGAGGCUGUGGGGGAGCUCGGAGUGUUGUUGGGUCACAGCAGUGGCUUCCUCCUCAUCAUUGUUUACUACACAGGACAAACACACAAAGAAAGUGUAAAAAAAUACGUGGACACUGAACACGGGAUGUUUCUGGUGUGGUCACACAUUAUCUACCUGGCUGCUAUACGGCAGUUUCUCGCCGUUCACCCCGAGGAGAACGGCAUCCUCAGUGUUGUCGCUCUUCAUUUCCACCACAAUGUUGUCUUUGCUGGAUUUCUCUUUGGUGCUAAAAGACACAAAUAUGUGUCUUAAAUAAGGGCUAUGUGAUAUUUUUCUACAUUUGAUCUAUAGUGCAGAAUAGAAUAAGGAUACAAAAAAUAACAAC